GCCGCUGCAUGCAAUGCUCGAGGGCGCUGCUUCGUGAGACCCUCCUUGCGCAACAGAUGUCCAAAAGAGGUGCAUCUUGGCACGCAAGUCGUGCGUCCGCAGCAGUCGAGUCUCGACGGCGAUCCCGCCAUGCUUCAGCCUUAUGAAUCAGGUGUCAACCUCAAUGCUACCUCACCUGAAAUGCGUCCGCCUUUUAAUUUCUUCGUUACCACCUGACUGCCUGCGGGCCGCGACUGUUACAGCCAGGAGGCGUUCGGAGGUUUUACACGUCAUAUUUCUGCUGUUGACACCUCAACACUACUUUCUCUUCAUUCCCGCAGUACAUCAACAUCACGUACGGCCACGCAAGACUUACCAGCUGACCGACCUUCGCUUGCGAGGUUCGGAAACUUUUUACCUAACAUCUUGCAACGGGAUAAUAUGCAGCGCUCCAAGAUCGGUUCAAAUCGCGUGCUCAUCAUCCGCAGCGACUCGCCACGGUCGACUGGCUUUCCACGCUGCUAUUCGCGAACACCAUCGAUCAGCCGGCUCUCAAAACAAUAGUCAUCAUGGAAACGAGAUGAGCGGUACUGCCCUAACAGGCACCCGCUGCACUACCCCGCGACACAGUCGGUCAGGGUGUUGGUGCGCUGGCAGCUUAGCGCCUGCAGAGAGGUCAUCUGAACUUCUCAAGACAUGCUCAACCUCUGACUUGUCGCCCCUUCAGCCUCAUGUACAAGGAAGCUCCGCCACCACGGGAGGCUUCAGAUAGCACUCUUACCAACCCCUUGGGAAUACGCUCUCACCCUUCACCCUGUGACUGUGAUGGAUUUACCGUCACCUCAUCUCGCAACUCCGCAACUUCCAUUCGUUGCACUCGUGGGGGGCUCGUCACAUGCUCUGACACUGUCACACCUUGCAGGUUACGAGAUGCACAGUG